GCGACUCCAGUCUGGCUUCAACUGCGAUCGCGUCAAUACGAGCUUUUUUUUUCGUUUCCAGUUCGGUUGCCCCACGACUAAGCUCCGGUGGUUAGCAUAAUAACGAAACACAGCUCGCGCAUAAUCGUGCCUUGCGGCGGACGGGACCUUAAAACGGCUACCAGCGGUGAACCUUCGGGACAGUGCACGGCCGGAUGCUGGAAGGAAAGCAACUGUGUCUUGCGAGAGCUGCUUGUGAUUUGUGAGAUAUUUGAAACCCGGUGAAGAAGAUCCAUUUACUCGUGGGGAGAAGUGGUGUGAUUUGUGAAAAUAGAAAUAUUUAUUCAAACCAAAAGGUACCUCGACAAGUUAAGCAGAUUGCGUAAUAGUGCAUUGACUGCAAGUGGCCAGAGGUGCCGAGAGGCAGUAAAAACGGUCAGUUUUGUGUUGAGAAAGAGGUGUUCAGGUGGCAGAUUUGAUUGCAUCACGUGUGUAAGUGUGUGGCUUGCAAAUUUGGUACGAUUUGAAGUUGGAGUGAUCAGUUGGUGAAAUUAGUUGCAGUUCGUGUAAUUCAAAACCUUCAGUUGACUAUUGUGAAAGAUAACGCUACCAACUCUGGAGGACAAGAUGCUGCGAUUUGCCUAAACCAGCAACGACCGCAAUCUUGCGUCCCAGUGCCAAGUUCCGAUCCUAGCGCGAGCUCAGUCGGUGCAGAACCAUCAUGGGGAAGUCAGUUUACACAAUCAACGCGGACAGCCCCAGUGUGAACGGGACGGCGCCGGCAGAGGUCACCAAGAAUGGCAAAGCGGACCACGACAGCGACGGCGAGUACCGGGAAGCUGGCAAAUUCCGCACCAUCCUGCCGCAGAUUCUGGCCAGCACGGCCAAAAACUUUCUCCUGCUCGAUCUGGGAAUGGCGGUGGCCUUCCCGACCAUCGUCAUUCCGGCACUGCGAGGCCUGAAGAACCGGGCCCCGGACGAGUUUCUGCACUUUACCCCGGCGCAGGCGUCGUGGUUUGGUAGUGUGGCGUACAUUUGUCAGCCGAUUGGGAGCGUCCUGUCCGGUAUUAUAUUGGAGCCGCUAGGGCGGAAGCGGUCCAUGAUCCUCGUGAACAUUCCACACAUCAUCGGUUGGUUGAUGUUGCACUUUGCCGGUUCGCUGGAGGAGAUGUACAUUGCGGCGAUACUGCUCGGGCUGGGUGUUGGAUUUAUGGAGGCGCCCAUUGUGACGUAUGUGGGGGAAAUUUGCCAACCGUCGAUCCGCGGCAUCCUCACGUCCUGCGCCGGCGUCGCCGUCAUGCUGGGCUUCUUUAUGGUUUACCUGCUCGGGACGGUCACCACGUGGCGCAUAACGGCCGCCAUCUGCGUAUCGAUCCCGCUGGCCACCAUGAUUGCGAUCUGCUUCGUUCCGGAAACGCCCAUGUGGUUGCUGUCGAAGGACCGCAAGGAGGACGCCCGCAAAUCGCUGCAGUGGCUCCGCGGGUGGGUUUCGCCCAAGGCCGUCGAGAAGGAGUUCCAGGAGAUGCAACGGUACAGUGCGAACGCGGCCAAGUGUACGCCCUGCCAGAAGGCGCAAAGCGUCAAGUGUGACCAUCCGCCGCCGACGGAGUGGAUGAAGCUGCAGGAGCUGAUGCGGAAGCGGAACCUGAGGCCGUUCGUGCUGGUGAUGUUGCUGUUUUUGUUCGGGCAGCUGAGUGGAUUGACCGGGAUGCGGCCGUACUUGGUGCAGAUCUUCCAGGCGUACGGAGUUCCGUUGGAUGCGAACUGGGCAACGGUUUCGACGGGGCUGUUGGGACUGAUGGCGAAUAUCGUCUGCAUGAUGAGUAUUAAGUUUGUUGGAAAACGGAGGUUGGCAUUGUUCUCGCUGUGCUUUACGUCGCUAUCUUGCAUUUCGCUGGCGAUCUAUGCUUUUAACGUGUUUCCUCCCGGAUGGACUUCGUUUGAUGUUCAUGAGAAGGUUAAUACCGCUGAUGGUUUGAACUACAUUCCGAUGCUGUUGUUCUUCUUGCUGGCGUUUUCUACCAGUGUCGGAGUGCUUCCGGUGCCCUGGAUAUUGCUGAGUGAAGUGUUUCCUUUCAAGAGUCGCAGCAUGGCCUGUGGAAUUACGGCCGCCCUCAACUACGCCAUGACGUUCGUCACGACGAAAACUUACUUCAACCUCGAGAGCUCUCUAUCUCUGCCGGGUGUGAUACUGUUUUACGGUAUUUGCGGCUGCAUAGGAGUGCUGUUCGUGUACUUCUUUCUGCCGGAAACCGAGAAGCGCACCCUGGAGGACAUUGAAAUUUACUUCUCCGAUAACAAGCGCAAGCUGACGGACAUCCACAUCCGGCAGUACCACCGGAAGGCGCAAAAGAUGGCGGUCAUCAACGGCAAGGAAAAACAGGGAAUUGAAAAUUCCGCAUACUCUGAGUGUGAAAAAUGAUCCUCCUUAAAUUUUAAUUUAUUUUAAACGAUUCUAGUUCUAGUUGCCAUAUCCAAUAAAGUGACACAGAUUUCAAAAA